CGUAUUAACGAAUUGCAAGGCGCUACUAAUGGGAACGUAGAAAAAGCAGUGAUUCUCUAUAAAUAAGCAUCUAUAGUAAUUAAUGUUGUUUAUGUUUAAUAUACGAAACUAUAGCGAAAUAUUCUCACACAGAACUCACAGAUAAAAUAUCAAAAAAAAAAUAACAAAAAUUUAUAAAAUGCUCCCGAGUGAGUUUACUUCGCAGCAUUCGUAACGUAUGCCAUUCAGUUUGCAAUGCAACAGACUACUGUAUAGAUCAGAAGCAGUUGUAAGCAAGAGCAAGAAUUAAUAAUAAUAAUAAUUAAAAAAAAAAGUAAAACUUUAGGGAAUUUUUUAUACGUUUGUAAAUUUUCGCGUUUAUCGUGCGAAAUCACAUACAAAUCUAAAGUAAUCUUUUUAAAUUGAAAAUUGUUUUUAUUAAAAAUUACGUAUUCAACUAAUUUGAGACCGCCUGUCCAAAUAGCGGCAUCCGGAGAAAUGCACAUACAUCCCAGCUCUCCGAAUUCAGACUUGUUACUGCAAUCGGAGGAGAGCGCUGCCAUUAAAAUUCAAGCUGGUUUUCGUGGUUAUCGUGUACGUAAACAGCUUAAUCAUCGUGCACCGCAUCGUAGCUCUGCCCGUAACGGUUAUCACGGUUCAAAUUCGAUUUUACGCCGCCAACAAAGACACCAACUGGCAAUGUCCUCUCAACUACAACAGGAUAAUACCAAUUCAGCCAAUUCAGGCCGUAAUCAACGUGAUACGAAUAGCAGUGAAUCGGACAGUAAUACCGUAGAAGACCAAUGCGCGAUCAAGAUUCAAGCAGGUGUACGUGGUUUUCUAGUGCGUAAAAAGCAAAAAAUGGCCGCCGAUGCAGCCACUAAAAUACAGGCAAGUUUUCGCGGUUUUAAAGCCCGUAAAGAGGUUCAAAAAUUAAGACAAAUGUAAAUGUUAAAGUGACGCUGCCUAACGAUGUCAAUGAUAAUCGCUAAUGGAUUACGGUCAUAUCGUUUAGAUAUUCUUUUUAAUAUGAAAUGACAGACAAUAAUAACAAAAAAAAGUUGGCCUUGACAAUGAAUCCAAUUUUUAGAAUCCAUUUAAUUGUAGGUAACAAGUCUUUAUAAUAUAAAUGUGCGUAUGCAUAUAGUCCUGUAGUAUUUGUGCGAAAUAGUUUCAAUAGCGUCCAGAUAUAAUUAUUCAAUUAUUCAAAUAUUUAUGGAUCUUUGCUCUGAACGUAUAGGAUUAAGGAGUAGACGAGUGAGUGGAUAAAUGACUGCAAUGAGCAAUUCUUAAGCAUCUAAGAUAAGACGAAUAAGUUAAAUUAGUUUUUAAGUUAUUUUCUUUUAAUAUUUAGUAAUGCGAAAUAUAUAUUAAUUAUACAUAUACAC